CUUGUAGACGCCAUCUUAGUUUACACUAAGCUAUUAUAAAAGGACUUGCAUCCAUACUUUUAGGAUCUACAUGCUACAAUGCCCAUAAAUUCCCCUCCAACUGUUUAAUUCCUAUUUUUAUCACAACUCCUUCACUCCAUUCUACCAUGUGGUUUACAUUUUUCUUAUCUUGUUCCAUUUCUUUGUUACAUCAUGCAUCAUCUUCUUCAGUUUCUCCUUUGUCACAUACGAAGCUAUUGGACUCCAUGGAUGGGUUUCAGAACUAUACUGCAAUAUCAGAUUUUCGACUUGUAAAUAGAAGAAAACUUGGAGCUUGUUUGGGCAAAAACCCAUAUCGGAAAAUACAAGUAAACUCAAAAUCUGAGCUUUUAGAUGACCAGAUGAUCACAGUGACUGUUAGUGGUGUGUUGCUUCCUUCCAAGAGUGAUUGGGUUGGUAUGAUAACACCUUCAAAUGCCAACAUUAACGCUUGCCCUCAAAACGUUAUUCUUUAUCAGCAGACGGGUGAUUUGAGUGCACAACCGCUUCUCUGCCAUUAUCCAGUGAAGGCACAAUUUGUAAGCAAUGAUCCAGGCUAUAUCGGAUGCAAGAAGAAGGAAUGUAAAAAAUAUGAUCAAAUGGGAAAGUGCCUGGUGACAACAUGUAGUGCCUCAAUCACAUUUCAUGUUAUCAACAUUAGAACUGACAUUCAAUUUGUCUUCUUUGGUGCUGGAUUUCAAACACCUUGUGUUUUAGCAACAUCUGAACUUCUCAAGUUUUCAAAUCCAAAGAAACCAUUAUAUGGGCAUCUCUCUAGUGUUGAUUCUACAGGGACAUCAAUGAGAUUAACAUGGGUGAGUGGAGACAAGAACCCUCAACAAGUUCAAUACGCGAAUGGGAAAUCACAAACUUCACGUGUUACUACAUUUUCCCAAGAUAGCAUGUGCACUUCUGCAUUACCAAGCCCCGCAGUAGAUUUUGGCUGGCAUGAUCCAGGAUACAUUCAUUCUGCUGUAAUGACUGGAUUAAAGCCUUCUACACGUUUCUCAUACAGAUAUGGAAGCAAUUCGGCUGGUUGGAGUGCUAAAAUUAACUUCAAAACUCCACCUAGUGGAGGAUCAAAUGAACUCAAAUUCCUUGCAUUUGGAGAUAUGGGAAAGGCCCCUAGAGACGCUUCAAUUGAACACUAUAUUCAGCCCGGGUCAAUAGCUGUGACUCAAGCCAUGGCUAAUGAAAUAUCAUCAGGAAAUGUGGAUUCCAUAUUCCAUAUUGGGGAUAUAAGUUAUGCGACAGGUUUUCUAGUGGAGUGGGAUUUCUUCCUUCACCUUAUUACACCUGUGGCUUCACAAGUUUCUUAUAUGACUGCAAUUGGAAACCAUGAAAGGGACUAUGUGAGUUCAGGCUCAUUAUACAUAACACCAGAUUCAGGAGGAGAAUGUGGUGUGCCUUAUGAAAGCUAUUUCCCAAUGCCAACACCAGCAAAAGAUAAGCCAUGGUACUCCAUUGAACAAGGAAGUGUGCAUUUUGUAGUUAUUUCAACCGAACAUGAUUGGUCAAGAAACUCUGAACAGUAUCAAUGGAUGAGCCGUGACAUGGCUUCUGUGGAUCGAUCAAGAACACCAUGGCUGAUAUUCACAGGGCAUAGGCCAAUGUAUUCUAGCUGUGGAAGUGUUGACAUUAGAUUUCUCCUAGCAGUUGAACCCUUGUUAGUUGCAAACAAGGUGGAUUUGGUUAUGUUUGGACAUGUCCAUAACUAUGAAAGAACAUGUGCAGUGUAUAAAAGUAAAUGUUUAGCAAUGCCGAAGAAGGGUGCUGAUGGAGUAGACACAUAUGACAAUAGUAAUUAUCAAGCACCAGUUCAUACGAUUAUUGGAAUGGCUGGAUUCAGACUAGAUGGAUUCCCUCCUAAACCUGGUAGUUGGAGCUUAUCAAGAAUAAGUGAAUUUGGAUAUGCGAGAGUGCAUGCAACGAAGACACAGUUGAAUUUUGAGUUUGUAAAUGCAUAUACAAAGAAGAUUGAAGAUAGGUUCCGCAUCAUCAAAAGCUAACUCAAGGAACAUAAGUCAAUGCUCUUAUGUAUCACAUUAUAAAAAUAUCACAUUAUAAAAAUCAAAUAGGGAAGUGAAUUUUGAUACGUAAAUAGAGACCCUAAAAGAUUGUUUUUUCUUUUUUUACAUUUGAAAAGAUAUAUAAUAUGUUGGUUUGAAUGUCACAGAAGUAAUAGUAAAAGAUAUCGAAGGGGUGUUUUGAGUGACUCUUUGGGAUAUUAAGAAGAAUUUGCAUGUUUUAUAA